AUGUCCACCUCAGACCUGCCCUCAUCCACUUCGCCAACCAUCAUCCUCACCAACCCAAACCCUCCGGAACGCAUCCGCACCUGGACCUACAGCCAGCCAGAAUGGGGAAACAGCCUCACCGUGCCGGAAUAUCUCAACCGCGAGGAGUAUCUGCUCACCAUCCCGCUCGCCCGUAACGGCGGUAUCACAAACUGGAUCCUCACAGACAGCGCCGCCGCCGUCGACCCGGACACCGCUGAGCGCCCCGUGCUGGCCUCGUGUGAGACGCUGCGCAAGCGUGCCCUUGUGAGAGGCAAGGAUGGGGUUGUCAGAGAUGUCUGGGCUCACGGCAUUGCCAGUGUCUUCACGUACAGCGAGUUUCGGGGCAGAGGAUACGCCAGCAAGAUGAUUGAGCUGCUGAGGGGGUACAUGGCGGCUACGCAGCAGGAGUCCGGCGAGCCAGCCUUUUCCAUUCUCUUCUCUGAUAUCGGCAAAGAGUUUUAUGCCAAGCACGGGUGGAUGCCAUUAGAGAAUACCCAGAUCGAGUACCGCGUAAAGGAAAGCCCCGUAGAGUUCGACGCAUCCAUUAUCAAGCUGCUUGGCGAUGAGGACCUAGCCGCCCUGACUGAGAGAGACGAAGAGCUCAUCCGCCGGGAGAUGGCUCUUCCCAAUUCCUCUGAUGCGUCUAAAACCCGGGUCGCCGUCUUACCGGAUAUUGAUACUCUGCAAUGGCAUUUCUACCGCCAGGCUUUCAUCUGCAACACCGCUUACGGCCGCAAGCCCACCGUCCAUGGCGCCUUGUACACUUCACCCUCGACCGGCUCUCGCGUCUGGGGUCUCUUUGAGCGGAACCACUACGGCGGCCCCAACAAGCCAGAGAAGAACGUUCUAAGUUUCCUGAGAUUCGUCGUUGAAGAUGGCAAUAUUAUUGACAAGGAGCUAUCUGAAGCCGUUGUGGGAAUCUUCCGCGCUGCUGAAAAAGAGGCCAAGGACUGGGAGUGCUCAAAGGUUGAGAUCUGGAACCCUCUUGUCAGGGUUAGAAAGAUUGUCGAGAAUGCAACCGAGUUUGAAAGCAUCUUUGUCGUGAGAGAUGCCAAGAACUUGGCGAGCUUGAAUUGGUUCGGCGAAGGGAAUGCGGAAGACCUAGACUGGGUUGUCAACGAGCGAUUUGAGUGGUGCUAG